CGCGAGUGAGCGACUUCCCCUUUAAGAGCCUGUCCCUUUAAGAAAAUUCACCUGGACACACCUGAACUUCCACAACGAGAGUUUCACUUCAUAAAAGGAAGAAAAACAUUCAGAAAAUAUACACCGUGUGCCGGAAUCGGGGCCUUGGAAAGAUGAAAAAGGGCUCUCCUGCAAACGUUGCAGAGCCCCAGACCCCGGAAUGGGUUGCAGAUGUGGACAAUCUAACAAAAACCAUAACCAGCACAGAGGGUUCCAAAACAGUGCUGAAAUAUGGAGAUAUUGAACCCAGCACCCUACCAUGGUCCGAGAAGAAAUCUGAACUACAAAACACAGGGAAGGACAGAGAGACCACAAGCGUGAGAUCCGAUUGCGUCUCGCUCCGAGAAGGAGUGAGCAGGACGGAAAGCGAAAGGGAGGAGUAUGGAAUGGGAGAGAAGCAGAAGUUAUGUGAGGGAUGGAUGGAGACCGACGAAAAAAGGGAUUCCAAAAUUGAGCAGAGGUAUGGAGUGAAAAGCAUCCCUAACUCGGAGAUACAGGUGGAGGAGGAGAAUGUUAUGCCAGAGAAAGCAGCUGGGGUGUUUAAUACCAGCGUCACCGUUAUGCGCUCCACCAGCCACCCGGAAUAUCCCCGGGAUAGAGAUGACGACUGGAGAAAUGUUGAAGAAGAGAAAAGCCACUUCCUGGGGACACACAGUACGAAUGGAGCACCUCCAGAAGAGCAUUACAGAGACUGGCCUAUUGAGAGCGAACCAUACUGCUGUAUCUAUGACGAGUCGCGUCGCCAAGCCCUUAAAAUGGGUGCAUCAAUGUUCACUUCGGCUUUGAUCUUCCCAUUAUUGGUGUGGGGUGGGUACAUCUUCCUCCCAUUUGAUGCCCCUCAACUCGACAGCGCGCCCCUAAGGCUGGUCUACACAUUGCGCUGCUCUGUUUUUGCAGUCAUACCUAUUGUGCUAGGUGUGUUGGUACUAGGCGUGUCCCGUCUGUGGUAUCGCUCAUUGAAGCCGCGAUUUGAGGGGGAGAGCGAAGUGAAACAGGUUGCUGUUCACCAGCGUUAUGUGGAGGAUUCCAUCUCCCUUUUUAUUCUUUACUUUUUGCAGCUGACUGUCAUGGCUGCGUACCUGAAUCAGGAUCUGCUUAAACUGGUUCCUCUUCUCACCAUCGUCUUUGCAUUUGGCAGACUGCUUUACUGGAUCGCAGCAGUGUGCGACAGCAGCAUAAGGGGUGUUGGCUUCGGGUUCUCCUUUCUUCCGAUGCUGGUCAUGCUGGUGGCAAACCUCUACUUCAUCUUCCUCUCCGAUUCCGCAGGUUCUGUGUUUGCACAAGACGUCUCCGAAACACCAGUGCCUCCAGUCAAGCAGGGUUUUGGGGCUAGAACAGCCACAUUGGACUCCUUGGCAACUGGAUAUCUCAAAGUUUAGAGCCAGCAAAUUUGCAUUGGACUAUUCUGUACAUUGCUGUUUGAAAAUCUUUAAUCUAACUGUGAUUUUUUUUUCUUCAUGUGUCCGCUUUUCUAUUCUUGAGUACUGAAAUGUAUAUAAUGACUAGGAUGACUGCCAGAGUGCCAGUCAAGCUGCCAAGGUGGAGCGAAGAAUAGAGAUGGGGGUGGAAUAAUGAGGGAGGGAGUGUGGAGCUCUUUUCGCAGAACAAACUUAUAAAUAGAAGUAAAAACUUUAAACCAAAAGCUGGAGUAAAUUAAGCCGAAGGACAACAAAUGUACCUUAGUGGAGCCAAAAAUAAAGCCACAGCAGAUGCAGUGUAAGGUUUUUAAUCGCUCAGAAGAGCUCCAGAUGGACUGGUUACAAAAUUUUCAACUAUUUUAAGAUGCGAGAACGGCAAUAAGAAUUGAAUUUUUCAGAUAUUUAUUCCACAAAUGUGUAUUUUUGUAUGGCCAAGCUCUAUGCAUUGUUUGCUUGUUCGGGGCACCUGGAAGUAUUGUGUUCUUUGCCUGCCCAAGCAUGUUAUUUUCCACAGGCGCUUCUUUAUCUUCCCUUAUUUUAGGGAAGGUUGCAGUUUACAGCGAGCAAGGUUUAGCAUAAACGUUGAACAUAAAACUACAGCUUUAGAAAUGUCUAAGAUCUUGUAAAAUGAUAUUUUCAUGCUAAAGCCACACAUCUGUUACAAUGUGUUAACAUAUUUACACAAUCCUUUAUAUUGUCAUAAACAUUGUUAAACCGGAUGUAUUCAUGACAUGAAUUGUUUGGCAAGUUUUUGCACUUCAUAUAAAAUACCAUAAACAAUCCCAUCAGUGGUCGGUCUACAGAUACGAACCUGUUCGACUAGUUUCCAUUUUUUUUUGUCGGAGGGCAAAAAGUAUUUCCUGUUACCUGCUGUCAUCUGAUAUGCUAUCAAAUGUACAUAGACGACGGACCUUCGAGACCUUAAGAGCACUUUGAACCACGUCAAUUUAAUAAAUUUAACAACUACACAUAAAAAGCAGCAUGACAUCUCAAGGCAGAAGGAAACACGGCGCUUGUUUGUUCCGGAUGAAGGAGAACUGCCCGUUUCGAAAACUGAGGAGAAACAAGUGCUGUGAUUCGAUGAACUCAGUCGUGCUCGCUGGAGGACAAUGGGGAACAACUCAGACCUCCGUGUCAAACGGGGUUAUUAACGCAGCUGUCAGUGUUGAGACGUUUCCGAGACCCCCAAACAUGCAGUCGACCUCCCACCCGCAGGAGGAACUCUCAGCGAUGGACACAGAUAUGGGCCCCUCAACCACAGCAGCGAGGCCAAAUUACAUGGUGUCGGGUACAGCAGGACGUCCCAAUUUUAGCCUCAUCAACCAGCAGCAGCACAACAGCGACACCAGUAUGGAUCUGGACAGUGGAGUGGACCCCGAGACAGGAGAAAGAGCUCAGGGAUGAUAUAGUAAAGCACAAAUCUGUGUCGAGGGAUGUCAUUAAUUGUGCAAGGUGGAUUUUUCACAUCACACUUCACCUCGAAUGAUUUGAAUAACUUUGCAUGUGUCUGCCUCGGUCAGUCGCUGCAUAGUGUUCGAAGUAACUGGGGGAAAGGGCAGUUGGUUUUAAAUGCCUGCUAUGUUAAGGUAUUAAAAGAAACGCAACAUAGAUGUAAAAUUGCAUAUAUUCUGGGUGAUUCAAAAGCGUAGUUCACCGAAAAUUUUAAAUUCGGUCUCAUUUUCUCACCCUCAGGUUGUUCCAAACCUGUAUACAAUUUACACAUUGUCCUGAUGAACACAAAGAUAUUUGGGAGAAUUUCAGUAACCACGCAGAUUUCUUCCCUCAUUGACUCUAUAGUAUUCAUUUUCCCUGUACGGCAGUAAAUAGCCAUUUGCUUACUGAUAUUCUUCGUGUUCAGCAAAAAAUAUAUUUUUUAAACUUUGUAACAUCCUGAGGGCAAGUAAAUGAAGACAGAACUUAAAGAUGUGUGUGAACAAUCCCUUUAAAGUUUUACCCUCCAUGCAUAUAGUUCCAUACACAUCACAUUUCUUUUUUAAAUCUAAACGAAAAUAAAACUGUUUGCAUGUGGGGCGAUUUACAGUGAGAAUAUUUAAACUGUUUUUUAAAGCACUGUUGACAUCCACUCUUGUAUAUAAUGUAAAUGUGUUUGUUAGUGCUCUUAAUUUUCUGUUAAUACAGAGAACCGGCUUCUGUUAUGUUGUUUUAACACUUUUGGCAAAAUACCUGCAUUAAAUAUUGUACAUUUUUAGUGA